AUGGCGCCAAAUUUUGACAAACCUCGACACAAGCGCACAUCAAAUAUCCAAAACAUGUUAGAGGCAUGCGAGUCCCUCAAGUCCGAGACCGCAUCAGCCCGCGCCGCAGCAGUCACUAGUAUCCGAAAACUUAUUAGGCGUACUUCUAAUGGGAUGCGGAACUUGUUGGAUAAGGUAAAUCGACACCGCGAGGCACGCUCUGAGACGGAGGCAUCGUCACAAUCAUUGGACUCUGUCGACCCUGCGCCCGCUCAAAUCACCAGCUUGGCAAAAGCUUUUACAAAUACCUUGUCAUUCCCAUAG